UUCUUCUUCUUCAUCUACCGCCCUAGUAGAGUACAAGCCGCCUGCUGCCAACCCCGAGGACGAGGACCUCGAGAUUAAGCUCCGACGAAUUAUUGAAUGUGUUCCAGUUCGCGUUAGCAACACCUCUGGCAGUUCUGCCGGGUCGGGUUCCGGUGACUUUCAUCAGUAUCGUCAAAUGAGACGGAAAGAACAAGAUAGGCUUGCAAGGAUGGAUGCUGACUACCAGAAAAGGAAAGAAAUAGCUGAAUUCAACCAGAGAAGGGAAGAGAGAUUAAAAGCUGCGGAGGAGCGGACAGCAAAAAAGCGCUCAAAACGUCAGAAGAAAAAGCAGAGGAAGAAAGAAAAAAAGAGCAAACCAUCUACAGGUGGUGAUGAGCAUCAGAAGGAACAAUCGUCAGAUGAGGAUGGAGACUCAGAUAAUGGGGAAACUUAGAGGCGAUUGAGUAUCAUCUUGUGCUCAUAUCCGGAAUCUCUGUGUAGUUGCUUGGAAUUAAAAGUGGGCUAUUGGCACUUUUCUCUUUGCACGAACAAUGAUCAAGGAAAUUAACUAGUGUUUGGUUUAGAAUCAUUAUCAUCCCUGUCAAUUGGCAAAUACAUUAUCUUGUAGCUUUGCAUAAUCUUGUAUUCAGAAACUCCAACACUGUAGUCUUUUAUGUUUGUAGUGCUCCAGCUCUAACGGUAUGUUUUGAAUUGAAUUGAACAUGACACAGUAAAUGUAAUACACUGGCAAGCUGGUUUCAGAUGCCUACUGAAUUCUUGUUAAGAAUUCCUUUUUCAGGUAAUAGAGUGGUCGCAUCAA